AUGUUUAAAUUUACAACCAUAAAUCAUAUAAAUAAUGAUACUUCAAGACCGUUAAUUAAUUUGACUACUAAAAAUGGAAGUAGGUUUUUAUUUGGGAAAGUACCAGAAGGUUCACAAAGAAUUAUAAACUCAAUAACUUCAGAUUUAAAAUUCACGAAAUUAGAAGGUUUGUUCAUUACUGGUUCAAUUUUUUCAUGGUCUGAUAUUGGUGGAUUACCUGGUUUGUUCUUGACUAUUUCCGAUGCAACAAAGAAAAAUUUCAACGUGUUUGGUAAUUCUAAAUUAUUAAACUUUAUUGUAUGUACUUGGAGAUAUUUCGUUUUUCGUCUAGGUAUAAAACUAAACAUUUAUGAUACGGAUGAACCUAUAAAGAAUGAAGAAUUCAUUGUCUAUCCGAUCAAAAUAAAACCAAACAAGACAAAUUUGAAUUCUGAUGUUUCAUUUGCUAAUAAAUUAUCUAUUCAGGUUAAAAAAUUAGCAUCUUUGAUGUUUCCAUUAGAUACUUCAGAAGUGAACAGUAUGGAUUUAGAUUCUUAUAAGAAAGAUACUUCAAAGAAUGACAUACAGACACAUGUUGAAUUACCAAAAGCUUCACAAAUUGUAAAUACUCAAGAUUCUUAUAAUUAUAUAAUUGAUUUUGUUCCAAUUAGGGGGAAAUUCGAUGUUCAAAAGGCAAUAAGUUUAGGAGUUCAACCUGGACCAUUAUUUAAACAAUUAACAGAAGGAAAACCAGUAUUAAAUAAAGAAGGUGUCGAAAUUUUACCUGAUCAAGUAAUUGGACAAAGUAAAUCAUUUCCAAAGGUUCUAAUUGUGGAUAUACCAAAUGAGGCUUAUUUUGAAAAUACAAUAAAUUCAAUAGAAUUAGUACAAGAUGGAAUUGGAUUGGUUUAUCAUUUUCUUGGAGAUGAUGUCAAUUUUAACUUACAAGAAUAUAAAGAAAAAUUCAUCUCCAGGUUUUCAAAUUCUACCAACCAUGUCAUCAGUCAUAAAUCAAUAUCAAACAAUGUUAUAAUUAAUGAAAAAUUUAUAUCUAAUUUAAUCCAAUUGAAAUCUUUAAUGAAUGAAAAUUUCAAUUUUAUAAACCUGGAAGAAUUUAAAGAAUUCAAUAGUGACAAUAUUUCAUCGUUACAUACUUUACAACAAUUUAUAAUUAAUGAUACUGGAGUAAACACAGAUUUUAAAAAUGUAGCAAAAGCAACUAAUAAAUCAAUUUGUGAAAAUGAAGUACAACCAUUAAAUAUUCCAGAAUCAAUCUCAUAUGAAACAAUGAAUGAAACUCCAUUAUUUAACUUAUAUCCAGAAAGUACAAACUCAUUAACUGAUUUAAUUCAUGUAUGUACUUUAGGUACUGGAUCAGCAUUACCUUCAAUUCAUAGAAAUGUCAUAUCAACAUUAAUUAGAAUACCUCAUAAAUCAAAGAACGGUGAUAUUUCAUAUAAAGCAAUAUUAUUAGAUGGUGGAGAGAAUACUAUUGGUUCAUUAUUACGUAAUUUCGGACAUAACAAUAAUGAAAAUUUCAAUAAUAUAUUCAAAGAAUUGUCAUUAAUUUAUUUAUCUCAUUUGCAUGCCGAUCAUCACUUGGGAUUAGUUUCAAUAAUCAACAAAUGGUUCGAUAUGAACUCAGAAAACGAUUCUAAGUUGUAUCUUAUUGUCCCUUGGCAAUUUGAAACUUUUUUAAAUGAUUGGUAUUCUCUUGAAGGUCAAUAUCAUCCAUUUUUCAAUUGGCAACGGUUAGAAUUUUUCGGUUGUGAGUCGUUUUUAGUUGAGACUAGAUUACCUGAAUAUCGUAAAAUUUCGUUAGAUGAAUUUGAACAUAAAUUUGAUAACUCAAACACAAACAAUUUGAAAAUAAUACGGAAGGAUAUAGGUAAAGUGGAUAAAAAUGGAAUUAAAUCAAUGUUUAAUGAUUUGAAUUUAAUUGAUGUUGGUACAAUUCGAGCUAUUCAUUGUCCUUGGGCAUAUUCAGUAACUUUCAAUUUCAAAUUGGAUUCUAAAACGGAGGAAAGUUUCAAAGUUUCUUAUUCUGGAGAUACUAGACCAAAUCCAAAUUUUGUCAAAAUUGGACUUAAUUCAGAUUUAUUAAUUCAUGAAGCAUCAUUGGAUUCAAAUUGGAUAGAAGAAGCAAUUAAUAAAAAACAUACUACAAUGCUAGAAGCACUACAAAUUUGUAAAUUAUUAAAAUGUAAAAAAUUGUUAUUGACUCAUUUUAGUACUCGUUAUGGAAACUCAAAUAAUUGUAUAUUUAGAAAUGAAUUACCUGAAAAAGUCAAAGAAUUGAAAAAUUAUUUAAAUACCGAUGAGGCUGAAGUUUAUAAUGUAUUUAAUGAUGAUAAUGAUUUUAAUUAUGAUAUAACUAUGGUAUAUGCUUACGAUUUAAUGAAUGUUAGAAUGGGCCAGGAUUUUAAAAAUCAAGAAUCAAAAUGGAAAAUAUUAAAUGAUAUUUUUGAAAUUAGUGCUACUAUAAAUGAAGACAAGAUAAAUCUUAAGAAAGAACAAAAAAGAAAUGAAAGAGUAGCAUUAAUGAGUAAGAAGAAACGUAGAAUUAGUCCUGUUAUAGAUAAUUAA